AUGGCUCAGUCCACAACCGCCGUCACUAUUCGAAACUACGAAAAAGCAGGAUGUGGCGGCCGGUUCAAGACAUGCCGGAAUGUUCGACCACAGGCGUGCUGCGACAGCCGACCAGGGCGAUCCUAUGGAGCCAGCCGCUUCUACGGCCUUCCAACGACUGCAAUUGGGUCCAUUUGCACCCAUAAACGGGGGAAAAAUUGCGGCAUUAUCCAAAAGAGCGGCCACGGGCUGAGGCUAUGCCUCAGUAAUCCCAGUUCCCGCGGCUCCUACUGGUUCGACUAUCGCUCGUGCAGGAGGGACGCCGCAUUAGCAGGGGAAGUAUUCGAUGUCCAGAUUCUGCCCGCCAACGAUGUAGUCGAACCAGACAUUGUCGCCUUUGACGAGGAACAUCAGUUUGACAUUGGGCCGGCGACCCCGCAAAAUGUGAAAGAAACCCUUCUUCAGUAUUGGUAUUCGAACGCUACCUAUGCGGACAUCCCGGAGGAAUUGAAGGCUUAUGAGAUAGAUGCAAAUAUAGAUGAGGAGUAG